UGCUGUCUGCUAGAGCUUGUUUGUAGUGCAGUCUGCAAGUUUGCUGCUUCCCUAGAGCUGUGUUGCUUGGGCAGUUGGAUGUUAGCUGUGGCAGUUCUGGUGGAGAUGCCCUUAAUAUGUGGGUGAAUCCUUAUUACAGAGAGUUACCGGUACCAUGACAAGGAUGGACCAGGUGCUUUGACUGUGAUGUUGUGUAUUGCUCUGUUGCAUGGUUAAUAUUCAGGCUUGCCGGCUGCUUACAUGAUUUCCAGCUUGGGGGUUGUGCCAACAGUUGCACAGCAGGAAUGAGUUUCUUAUGAGCCUGUUCAUCUGCCCCUCAAAACCCAAAGGAGACACUCUCAGGCCUGAUGCUUCCAGAGGAGAUGAGCUGGCUGUCUUGACUCUCAGCUGUGUACCAAAAAGGGAGGGCAAUAUGUGCAGCCUGCCAAAGCAGCCCUUGGUAAGAAGGCGACUGGGCUGCACAACAUCAGCGCACACGUGGUCGGUGGGGAAGCGCGAGUACAGCUUCAAUCCUUGUCAAUGGCACCUCGUUGACUUUUAACACUUCUUUAUCAUGUCUGCACUCACCUCGUAGCAGCACUGAUAAAAUGCCAUCGCUGGUGUAAUCUCCUGAGCAGCUCUGCAGAAAGCGCUGCAGAGCAUGAGAGCCUGAAUCGCUGGCAGCCGGCAACUGGUGUGGGACUCCAAUCCAGACCACGGUAAUAAAGCAAGGGCUCUAACCUGAAACAAGUCUGAGGCAGAAUAACUUCCAAGAUGUAUCGAACACCAGAGGUGCUGAUCUACUGCAGAAACACUUGAGCAGCCUGCAGUGUUCUAGCCUCCCCUCUGGCAUGUGGCCUGACACAGAAAUGGACAAACUGCCUGGAUGACAUGGGAAACCAAAGUGUUACUCUCAACUAAAACAUUAUCUUUUAGGAGAUGUCAAAGACCAGACCAAAGUACCUAACAAUGUCAAAUACAGAUGUGAUGCCCCAGUGAUCGCCAGUGCUGGAAAUCAGCAGCGAGACUCAAUUGUUGGAUCUGGGUACAGUAAGAAAUGGGUGACUGGAGUUUCUUGGGGAACAUUUUAGAGCAGGUGAACGAGCAGUCCACUGUCAUCGGGAGAGUUUGGCUCACAGUGCUCUUCAUUUUCCGCAUCCUGAUCCUGGGAACAGCUGCUGAACUAGUAUGGGGAGAUGAACAGUCAGACUUUGUGUGCAACACCCAGCAACCUGGUUGUGAGAACGUCUGCUAUGAUGAGGCCUUCCCCAUCUCCCACAUCCGGCUCUGGGUCCUACAGAUCAUUUUUGUAUCCACGCCUUCACUAGUGUACUUUGGGCAUGCGGUGCACCACGUCCGCAUGGAGGAGAAGAGAAAAGAGAGGGAGGAAGCUGAGAGGCGUCAGCAAGCCGAGGUGGAUGAAGAGAAGCUGCCCCUAGCUCCAAAUCAAAACAAGGGCAACAACCCAGAUGGGACCAAGAAGUUUCGCCUGGAGGGGACUCUCCUGAGAACAUACAUCUUCCACAUCAUUUUCAAAACUCUCUUUGAAGUGGGAUUCAUAGUUGGCCAGUAUUUCCUGUAUGGCUUCCGCAUUCUGCCCCUUUACCGCUGUGGGCGGUGGCCCUGUCCCAAUCUAGUGGACUGUUUUGUCUCCAGGCCUACAGAGAAGACUAUCUUUAUUAUGUUCAUGCUCGUGGUGGCUUCUGUGUCCCUCUUCCUCAACCUGGUGGAGAUCAGUCACUUGAUCCUGAAAAGGAUCCGGAGGGCUCUGAGAAGACCAGCAGAAGAGCAAAUGAGGGAGGUGCCAGAGAAGCCCCUGCAUGCUAUUGCAGUGUCCUCCAUCCCGAAGGCCAAAGGCUACAAGCUGCUAGAAGAAGAAAAGCCAGUGUCCCACUAUUUCCCUCUCACGGAAGUAGGGGUUGAGCCCAGUCCCCUUCCAUCGGCCUUCAAUGAGUUUGAGGAGAAGAUCGGAAUGGGGCCAUUGGAAGAUCUCUCCAGGGCAUUCGACGAGAGGUUGCCAUCGUAUGCACAAGCAAAGGAACCGGAAGAGGAGAAGGUAAGAGCAGAGGAGGAAGAGGAACAAGAGGAGCAGCCAGCACCUCAGGAAGAACCAGGGGUGAAGAAAGCAGAGGAGGAGGUGGUGAGCGAUGAAGUGGAAGGGCCUUCAGCACCUGCUGAACUUGCCUCUGAUGUGAGAUCCCUCAGCAGGCUAAGCAAAGCCAGCAGCCGGGCCAGGUCAGACGAUUUGACUGUAUGAGGAUGCAGGAUAUGAGGAGCAUAAGAAAAGAAGAAAAAGAAAAGGAGAGAGAAAGAAGCAGAAGAAUUUUAAGCAAAGUGCUAAAAUGAUCGUUUAAAUAUUAUUUCAUCUUGAGAUUCUCAACUGGAAAGGUACUAUUGUGGUAACUGUGCCUUAUUUGCCCUAUAUGUCCAUUUGAAAAGGAACAUUUUCCGUUUCCACAUGCCAGCUCAUUUCUUACAGUAAUAUCUACAUUGUCCACAUAACUGAUGUGUUUUAAAACCUAAUGUGGCAGUGAAACCCAGAUGUCACCACUGUGAAUGUACUUACUGGAAGCUUCGUGUUCCACAUUUCCUUAGGAAUGUGGGGAGGAUCUGUCUCAUGAGCCAUCUAAGGGGGAGGCUAAUAAACAACCGUACCUACUAUUUCUUUUUCUGUUUUCACCUAUGGCAUGCUGAGCAGAUCUCCCCUUCGCUGUUGGCAUGGAUUUGCGAUUAUUUAAUUCACAAAGUGAAUUCUGUGUUUGGCAUUGACACCAAAACAGUAAGCACUAUUUUCCCUCUUUAUUGAGAAAGCAAAGACCAGAAAUAUCUAUAAUUUCUCUGUGAAUGUAAAUUUGAGUUAGGUAAAAGUAUUUUAUUUUCCCUUUGUCAAAAAUAUUUUUGCUCUUUUAGUGACAUUGACAGUGGGCAAGGUUAACUCUAGCUGUCUUCUAGGACUUAGCAGAUGCUCACAGAUGGAUUAUUUGUUCCCAAGAGAGUUAUCCAGCUCCAAGCUGAGCACUUUAGAGCACUAGAAAGAAAAAAAUCAAGUUAUAUUUUUACUUAUAAUCCAGUGAUGUAAAGAUCUGAAACUCAAUUUAGCGAAGCAAGUGUGGAAGGGUUUCUGUGAAAGAAAGAACAGCUACAGUUCCCAGAGCAUGAAAGCAAAUACAAGCCUUCACAGCAUGAUCCUGACAUGUGCUCAGUUCCUGGAGCCCCAAGACUUACAGGCACUCAGCAAAUCUCAGGUACAGCACCCUGAAGGCACCUGUGAAUCUAAACCACAGGUAACUAUGUGACUCUGAAACAAAACUGGUUGUUCAAGUUUGAAAAGUCUGAAAUGAUAAUUCUGACAUGUUUUGUUUUUAAUUUGACAGACGGGAGCCAUCCAGUGGCCUACUUUGCUAUUAAAUGCCAAAGUCUCAAAUAAAACAAGGCCUUUCAAGAGAUCUUUUAGAGUAGGAGAGAAAGGUAUCGUCAUAGCCUUUAUCUUUUAGAUCUUUUGUGCCAACAGGUCUGUGCAGAACUCUCAUAGCCUCAGUAAAUCUUUUUAGUUACAAAAGGAAGAAAAAGAUGUGCUUGUUAAAAUGUCUGUGGAUUUCUACCUUCAGGACUGCAGCAGAGCCUUUGGGCUGGGACAGUGCAGCUAUGCAUUUAUAGCUUCGGGUUAACUGCUAUGUCCCCUCUAAAACUGAGCCUCGUGUCAGAAAAGUGCAGGUAUGCACUCUCAUCUGCUCUGCUCUGCAAACCUCAGACUCCACCAGCUCAGCGAAUUCUUUCUGCUGGGCUGCAGCCCGUUCCAUUGUUCCCAGGGCAGGCUUUAAUCCAGAUCAGGAAAAAAAGCAGUCUUUGGCAUAAUGCAUAUAACUCAUCCUGCCAUUAGUUAGAAAAGACCCCCUGCCAUCUUCCAUUGUAGCAGGGCUGACCCAAAGCCCAUUGAAGUUAGCUGGGUGUCUGAGAUAGAUGUCCUAGGCUUGGGCUCAUACCCUCAGUCCUGUCGUCCCACACCCCAGCCCAGGCAACCACAGGUACACUCAGCUCUGUCACUGAUUAACCUGCUUGGUGGACUUCAUGUGCCUUGUUUUGCAGCCUUCGUGGUCUAGCACAAAGUUGGCUGGACUUCACUGAUGCGUGAAGUAAGCUGUACAUAUGUAUAAAGUUUGUAGGGUGUGUUGGGAUUCUUCAGCACCACAGCGGUGCCACGUGUUUGUUUUUUUUUUUACACUAUUAAUCCUUUUGCUCCUCUCGGGCCUGUGUAUUUUCCCAUGGUUUGCAGCCUGUUGACAUAAUCUUUGCUCCCUUGACAAAGGCUGUUAGUUUUUUUAAGGAACAAUUCCUUGUGAAGGAAGACUGGAAGGUACCUCCUCAGUUCUGAGAAAGAAUACGAGAAAGCAAGAUAUGUGAAGGAAAAUGUGGAGGGAGAAUUUGGAGGCUACCAUCUAUCCAUUCUCUCAGUACAGAAACAGGAGAAGAGUUAGCACCAACGAAAGGCUGGUGGAAAAAGAUAAACGAGGAAAGAAGUCUUCAACUGGAAAAGAUUCCAUUGUGCCCAAUACGCUACUAGAAUCCAAGAAAGAGCAAAGAUUUAGAUGAAUAACAAAGCCAGCACAUUUAUAAUAUAUGGGAUGUAUUACUUUUUUCCUUCACAGAGAAGAUAUAAUGGAGUUUUAAUAGUUUGAAACAUAGCAGAGUUCACUUGAACUGGAAAAACCCUUCCCUGCAGGUGAAAAAAAAGAAUCGGUAACUGUUCAGUGUGAGGUAUCUUCCACCUUAUUGAGAGCAUCUGACCCUUCCACAUACCAAUGUACUGGACUAAAUGAACCACCUCCCAUCCUUGUUUACUACUAAUUACUUGACAAGUCCUUUUACAAAGCAUUUUGAUGACCAUCCCCAUUCCUGACCUCUGACAUGCACACCUUCUUUAGAUCACUGGACUACUUAAAGAUGACUACUCAUUAAUUAGAGGUAUGUGGUUCAUAAUAUGGAUGUCAGACAAUCCAGUCUUCAACUGUAAGAUGUUGAGUACGUCAUUCUUUUUCACUGGAGUGCCUCCGUAGAGUGCAGUACAUGCAACACCCUGAACAGACACUCUGCUGUUCUUUCAGUGCUGCUGCAGGAAAGCUCAUUUCUUCCUCCAAGUUGUGACAGUGCAAUGAAUGAAGUUAAUGUUUUCCUCCUGCAUCCUGUCAAGCGCUAGUUGAUUUUUUUUCGAGCCGGUUUUCAAGUACCCUGCCAAGCUGCUAAAGCCUCCGAGUAUGAGCCAGGGCAUCAAAGCAGUGCUGUUCAGCUAACUGGGCAGGGAACUAACAGUCAGGUUCUAUGGUAUUCAGCCUCAUCUCUGCAGUAAUGUCACUGCUGGGACUGUCAGCAAGUCAUUCUUCCCUCUUGUACAAUUGGGAAUCAUUUUCUACCUCACGAAGACAAUGUGAGGCUCAAUAUAUUUUGUUAGUAAUAGGAUGGGAGGUACUGGGAAGGAAAGCCCUACAGAUGAGCAAAGGAUUAUUUCUGGAUGCAAUAGCCUUUAAAUGUGUUUUAUUCCCCCCUCAAUGAGACAAAUUUAAUCUCUUUUCAGGAAAUUCCUAGUGAAGUUGAAUAACAGCCUCAGAGCUGUGGAUUCGGUGUAUUAAAAAAAAAAAAAAAGUAAAACAUAUAUAUUAAUAAAUGUAAAGAACGAGGAAAGUUAUCUUGGGAAGUGAACACUGGACAAUUAGAGUCAUGCUUGUAUCAUUUAGGGGUGUGUGGUAUUCCCUUGGCUCCCUGUGCAAAUAAAUCAUUAACUGAUCACAUGGCUCUCUGCAAGGAGCUUAGGAUGCAAGUGUCAAAUUCACCAAAAGAGGUUAAAAUAGAAGAGGAAGGUAGUAUCUUAGCUGAUAUUAGCAUGUGGGAGUUGGUGUUCUCUAGUGUCUAGAGCAGUGGACCUAGGAUAAUGAUCUUAGAUUUAUUUCCAGCUCUGCUACUGACUUGCUGUGAUAAUCACUUUACCUCUUGGUACCUGUUUUUUCCACCUGUAAAAUGGGUGUAAGAAUUUCCACCUACCUCACAGGGAUGUUGUGAGGCUUCCUUAAUUCUGUUUGUAAAGUAAGUAGGAAUGAUCUGAUGAAAAGCACUGCUGAAAUGCAUUGUAUCCUUGUUAUUUCCUGCCAGAACAUCGAACUUGGUUAACAUGUGACUCUUUGACCAAAAGGGCAGUAGUGUGAAAAUCUGAACACUGCAUUGCACUGACACCAUUAACACAGAUGUGGGUUUGCCACAAAUGGAGGAGACUUUAUUGACUCCUCACCCCUUUCUCCCAUCUUAACAUUGGUUUGGCCAUUUGAAGCUGUGGUCACAGUGGGGUUACGUGGACCACUCUUGUCCAUCCCAGCACCUGUUCUGUGGUAACAUUUAUGCUUAAAUAAGCAAGUUCUUGGAGGGAGGUGCAGGUUGUUGGAGCUUUUUUAAAGGUGGAGCAAUUGGCUUUGCAAGUCAUCUGGGGGAGGGCUGUAUAAUGCACAAUAUUGCUGGGCUUCUGUUUUAAAUCCCUCAGUGCAAACUCCAAGUGAAUUUUUCAGAAUUUCUGUGGAAAAAGACCUCUAUAGAAAAGUUGACAAUUGCUUAUGGCACAUACAAAAAAAAAAAAAAACAAAAAAACAAACAACAACAACAACAAAAAACACAAAACAACAAAAACAAAAUAAGAAGUAACCAUGUAGAUGUAAAAACAUAAAUUUUUAUGCUACACUGAUUAUUUCCAGUAAGUGAGACAGAUCUAACAGUCCCUUUGUGAUGAAAAUCAGUGAUGUAUAGAUUCCUUCUCCUGUAGGAUAGGAGAGAUUUGAGGGGACCUCUGCUCUCCAGGUCAGUGUGGACAUGGAAUCUACUUGCUAAGGGAAGAAAGUCCAGCUUCUCCUGCUACUCAGUAACUCACUGACUGUGCAUUUUUUCAUUUAAACAGCAGCCCUGGUACUCGAUGAAAAAAAGUGGCAGCUUGCUGUUUUGUAUAGAAAAUGGCUUUUCAAGUUGACAACUGAAAGUAAUCCCAGCCUAGGCAUACUUUUGUUUAGUAGACAAGAGCAUCCAUGAGAACUAGACUAAAGCUUUCCUAUAAGCCUAAAGCUGUUGUGAUAAAAUGGCAUAUGGUGCCAGACUGCCUGAGGGCCAGGGCUGGAGAAACAUCAAAAUCAGUGGAGUUGUCCAACUAUUGGAAUUUCAUUUUUUUCCCCAAAAAGAAACUAAAAAAUUCUGACAAGGUAAAAAAUUGUUCAGAGAGAGAUUGAGCAGUGAAAGAAGUGCCCAGAGUCAUGGUAGGUGCUCCAUCCUUGGAGUGUGAAGCCUGACUGGGAAAAGCUUUGAGCAUCUUGGCCUGACUUAGAAACUGUUCUUGCACUGAGCAUGAGGUUAGAGCAGCUGGUUCUUUUCAGCCUCAACUGUGUAUCCCAUGGGAGGCUGAAAGCAAAGUGAAGCCACUGUGAGGUGAAACAGUUGAUGUGGGGCAUUUCCUGCCUCUGUGGGUGCUCUGUUAGAGCUUACUUAGAUUGUCUUAGCUGGCAACACCAACUGAACAGGCACUGAAGUGAGUCUGAUGCAUAAAACACUAUCAACCAAUGUCUCGUAGAUAGAAAAGCUGCUUGGGGCCAGGAACGUGUUGUGUAACUGGUUUGGAAAGAACACUAUAAAUUAAAAUUUAUGAGUAAGCUUGUCAGCUGAGAAAAUCACAGAAAUAAAAGGGGUUUGGGUAUUUCCAGCUCCCUCAGUCUCAGCUGUGACUUUAAAUCCAUCUGAAAAUGUAGAGGACUGCAUUUUAAAGUUCUGUCAACAACAAUAAAAAAACCCAAACAACUGCGCUUUAAAGCUUGCUGAUCUGGGAUGAAGCAGAAUUGAAUAGAAAUGGUGAUUACAGAGCUAUUGACAACAUUUCAAAAAAACAAAAACAAAAACCCCCCAAAACGCACAAAGGCUGUUGGCCUUUGCCUUGCUGGAUCCAGCCUAGCACAGUAAAAGCAAAACAAACCAUUUAUUAUUUUUUUUCUAAGAGUUAAGGCUAGAGUGCUUAGAGAAAUCAUGGAGUAGCCUACCAAAAAAUUUAUAUGUCAGUGCAGAAAGAAUUUGUAGAGAAACAUUAAACAGAAAAGUUGGCUCCUAUUGAAUUUCUCUGAUGUUCAGUGGCCUACAGGCAGCUACUGAGUAGAGUUCCUGCAGGAUGGCAGCUUGGUGCUCCAACUAAGGGGCAGCUGCAGACAAAGGCCAACACUGAGAAGCCUGUGAGCCUGUAAUCUGGAUGCCUCGUGACAAGGGUAAGGCAAGCCAGUGUGACCAGCAAAUUAAACCUUGCCUAUUACCAAAUCUGAUAUUGAUGGAUUUUUAAGAAGAUCAUCAAUUUUAAAGUAAUUUAGCUUUUAUGCACUGGAUUCUGGAUUUUUCUGACAGAACCAAAACCCAGAGAUAUUGUGUAUUGUUUUUUUUUUCUUUUCAUUUUCAAAUUAUUCAACCGUGAUGUAUCAAAAACUACUGGGACAAAAAUGCUCAGGCACAUUUCUCAAUACAUACAUGUUAGUCCAAAGAAAAGCCAUAAGACAACCCUGCAAAAGAGUAAAUUUCUGUCAGUGAGAAUCAAGACCCAGAACUCACCACACAUAAAUUAAAAAUAAAUUCAGAAAUCAGAAUGAUGUCAGAUUGCUCCCAAGCUUCAGAGCUCCUGCUUAUGAAAAACUCUGGAGAGAAAAGAAAUGAAAAUGGAUGGCCAGCUACCAGCUAAGCCUAUUAUUCAUAAAUAUGCCCUGUAGCACCUUUUGGAAGCCUAUGCUAUCUCUGUAUAUUCCACCACAACAAACUGCUUUAAAUCAGUAUGUUCCACCUUUCCACUUUACUUUAAAGGCUUUAAUCUAGUUCUCACUAUGAACUGAACAUACAGUACCCACAUUCACACUUUAAGAUGUGCAAGAAUAGAAGAUGGAGCUAAGCAGAAACCUGCAAUGCACUGACCAGCCUCCUUUCCUCGUGUGCUGCCUCCCUGCUCCAGCCACUAUCAUCUACACUGUGUCUGGUGAAACCACCCACCUGCCACAUCUGGGAAGCUGCCAUGGGCCCUUCUCCUCAGACGUGCUUACCAGUGUCUGCUUAAGGAGGAACAACAUGGAAUAUUUUUCCAUUUUAUAAUUAAACUUUUUGUUUUCCCUGAAUGAGAAGCCUGGUGGGGAUGGAGGGGUUGAUCUGAAGUUUUCUGACAGGAAUCAUCUUCUUCCCUUCUUACAAGAAUCAGAGAUCAAUAAUUUAUAGCUUAGCACAGGCAUGUUUCAAGUCUAUUUGUAAACACACACAGUGAAGAAAGUUUAAAAAGCUAUGACCAAACUCUGUCUUGUUGUUUUUCUUUUCCCCUUGUUUUUGAAAUCAGCCAAGUUGUCAGGGUUAAACAAGACCAGAAUUUGGCUUCCAACAAUUCAAUCGUGACAGGAUUCCUAUCUACUGUCUCUGAAAAUUAACCAGUCAACCAACCUACCUUGCCCCAAGAGCUACUGCUGCAGAACAGAGCAACCACAGGUACCCCAAACUCAGCAGGCUCAUCACUUUAGGAAAGAUCAGUUUCUAGCAGUAGGCACAGAAAGAAUGAGCAGGGAGGGAAGCUCUGAUCUCAGCUCGAUAUUAAUUGGCAGCAAUACCAGAAGCUGUAAAAGAGGGCCUCAGAUCAGAAACUGUAAAUUGCUCCCUCAGUUCAUUUGCCCAUGAAAAUUGAAUGUUUUUUUGUCUUUGCAAUGCUGUAGACAAGGAGACAGAUUUCAAAACAUGAUGACUGACAGCAAGAUAGAAAGCCAAACUAUCAAAGAGACUGUGGGACUAAUCCGAUGACUCAACACAACCACACAUGGAAUCGUUUUUCUAGUGAAAUGAGUUGUAAUGAAUAAAGGAUACUGAUUUUCACUCA